AUGGAUGCUCCUAUCCGCCGCGUGAUCACCUCCCACGAUUCCAAAGGCAAAGCCUACUUCUCCUCGGACGACAUUCUAACGCCCUACGACCCAACCACGGCACCCGACUUCAAGACUCCAGCCCCAGAUGCAGGCUUUGGCGUGAUUCAAAUCCACCGAUCGCGCGGGUUUCCGGCUGACAACAUGCUCCCGCUAGCUGAUCCACACAAGACCCUUGUUCCGCUGGCAGAUACGAAAGGGCCCUCUUGUCGCAUUUUGGAUUUGUACCCAGCUGAAAAGGGAUGGAUGCAUCGUACCUUGAGCUUGGACUACUUUGUUAUUCUCACUGGUACUGUCGGCUUCAUUACCGAUGGUGGCGCAGAGAAGAUCCUCAAGCCGCACGAUGUUAUUGUUUGCAGGGGAACGAACCAUGAGUGGGUUAACCGGGGGAAGGAUGUUGCUAGGAUCUUUGGUGUGGUUGUACCCAGUCAAGAAAUUGUGACGGAAGAUGGCGAGAGAUUGGAGAAGACGCCUGCAGGCCCUAUCUUUGAUCCCGAGGAGGAUUGA